AUGUCGAAACAAAUAUUAUUGUGUGAUGGAUGGAAGAUGGAAGACAAAGUCAUAAACAAAUAUCGUGAUUACAACGAAUACACGGCAAAGAAAGACGAAAAUGAGGCGGUGGUGUAUAGAAGGAUUGAAGGAUUUGAAGAAAAACCAUUGGACUUUGAAGGAAUAUCAUCAGAUGUCAGUGGCCACGUUAAUGUUGCUGAGAGAAUUAACAAGCCCGUGGACGCGAAUCAAAAGUAUAAGGACCCGUAUGAAAAAAAGUAUAUAAUUUGCGAGAGUUAUCCGAAAUCAAAUGAAAGUUGGUACAAGAAUGAUCUUGAUGAGAAGAGAAUAAAAGGCUUGAUGAAACAGCUCUUCGCUGGGCUCGAGUAUAUUCAUAGCAAAAAAGUUGUUCAUCGAGAUAUUCAGCCGGAAAAUCUGAAACUGUUUGCCAACGACAUUCUGAAAAUCUACAAUUUCACUUCCGCUUGCUAUUCUAAUCGUGAAGCAAAUGAUUUACUUCGUGAUCGUCACAGAGGCACUGUACAGUAUCGCCCCAUAGAGCUGCUGUUUUGCAAGGCUGAAAUUACCACAGCUGUGGAUAUGUGGUCUGCUGGAUGUGUUUUGGCUGAGUUGUUCAUGAAACGUCCGUUGUUUGAUGGAGUGUCGCAGCCUGAAGUCAUAUGCAAGAUCUUCGGCUAUUUCGGUAAACCAACUACAGAAGUCUGGAACGAGAUAAUAAAAGAUACGAUAACUAGAGACCGUUUCGAUUUGGAUGGUGUUGUUGAACAGGGGAGCGGUUUCGAAGAGGAGCUUAAGAAGAACAAAGUGCCCGCUAACGCAAUCGACCUUAUCAAAAACUUGAUCGUUUACCGCCCUGAACUUCGUUUGACCGCCGCACAAGCUUUGAAGCACGCUUAUUUCAAAGAAGAUUGA